UCACGUGGUCUUGUCGAAGCGAUUGUUCAGGUCUUAUUUCAAAAUGGCGGCGGUAGCGACAACGAACCCUUCUCAGCUCUUACCACUCGAGCUGGUGGAUAAAUGCAUCGGUUCGAGGAUUCACAUCGUCAUGAAGAAUGAUAAGGAGAUCGUCGGAACUCUGCUCGGAUUCGACGACUUUGUCAAUAUGGUCCUUGAGGAUGUGACAGAGUUUGAAAUCACUCCAGAGGGAAGACGGAUCACCAAACUGGAUCAGAUUCUGCUGAAUGGCAAUAACAUCACAAUGUUGAUUCCAGGAGGAGAAGGACCAGAAGUCUAAGCAGCAGAUGAUGAAAAACAUUUUUGUUCAUUGAAGAUUUUUGUGCUUUUGUUGAUUUCCUGAGGGUGUUUUUUUUCUAAAGUUUUUACAUUAAGAUUGUUUAUUCUUUAAAGAAUUGAAAAGGUUUUUGUAGACAUUUGUUCCAUGUUACAAUAAAAGAAAUCAGUGGC